UUUAUUACACUUAGUGCUGUCAGUUGUUAGUGUAGAGAAUGUUAUAAGGCAUUAUUAUUUUUAAUACUGAGCUCCUUUUAAUUAUUCUCAUUGAUCAGUUAAAAUAUUCUUAUUAACUUCAGUCAUAUGCUCUUUGUGGCACUUCUGUAAAGUCCUGCUUUGCCUCAUAACAGAAGAGCACUUCACCAAGGCACACAGCCUUGCCCACUGGGUGUAUCUCUGCUCAAUCCCCCAGCGGGUGCUAACGCAGUGCACUAAACCCUUAUUUUGACCCUGCGGUAAGCAGACUUUCUUCAAAUAGUAACAGAGGCAGAUAACUUGGGUAUGUAGCUUGGCUUCCAUUAAUGUAUUUCAAGAUGAAUAUUAAGUAGACCUUAGAUUAACAAUUCUGUGUAUUCGUUAUAAUACUUUUAAUUACUGCAAGCAAUCAUUCUGUUCCGUAUGCUUAACACUGUUCACCACGUGGGUACUCUUCUUGUCCUCUUUCUUGCCACGUCCUCCUUUAUCCUCAGUCCCCACUUCUCUGUCAGCUGUCUAAAUAGAGUUGCCUCCAAGUUGUGCCGGAUGACGCAAUGACUGUGUGCGUGCUUAGAGGCCAGUUAGAAAACAAAAUGAUGAAUUGAAUUCAGUGCCCGAAGCAAGAUUUUAGUUAAAACACAGAAAAAAGACAGGUAGUUAUUACAGGCUAUAGAAACAAAGUUUUACCUUUGUUUUCUGUAUUGCUCCCAGUAGUCCCUGGUGGUGGCACUUCAUCCUGUGGAUCUGUUGUGAAGCUCAUUGUCCUGGCUUGGAUCCACAGCCCCAGCGGUGCUUUGCAUUCUGCUGGGGCUGUCCCCGCCCGUGGGGCUGUGCAUGAAAUAAAAGCAUUUCGGUUGUUAGGUGUAGAGCCUUGAAUUCAAACCAAACCCCAGGCCUACACAAAGAAUAUGGCAUCUGUUCUCUCUUGAAUCACACUUCCACCUAUAAUCUUUUUCUCCUAAAUGACUUGAAGGAAGAAUUAACAAUUAUACAGAAAUGCUCUUUGAAUUCGUACCUAAUUCACUGCUAAUUUAUAGGCAGCCAGAACUACAUGCCAGUGUGCAAUCCUUACAGAACUGAAUUUUCAUUAGGUUUUAUUUUGCUUUUUGCCCCCCAUUUAUUCUCAGGUUUUUACAUUACAGUACUCAUUCCAGCUACGAUGUCAUUUGCCAUUCCGUGUAUGCUGAAUCCCCUCAUGUUGCAUUUCAGAUACUGAUGCUGAAUUCUUGUUCUGAGUGUCCUGACCAGGAGCAUUACGUUUCCUGCACAGUUUGUUUCCUUCAUGCAGCAUAUAGCAGAUUGGAAACAGAUAAUUAUUCAUGUCACACUUGUGAUCUGCUUCACUUAUUAUUAGUGCUGUGUGGGGGCUGUAGGCUUGCUCCACAUCAUUGCUUUGUUCAGUCUGGGCUGGUGGAAAGAAAAUGGUACAGAUGUUGCUCAUGUAAGUGCUUCUGCAUCUGUUUCCGUCGUGUAAAGCAGAAAGGUGCAACGUUCCUUGGUUCGCUGCUGCCUUGCUUUGGGCAGUUACGGUAGAAUGGAGUGUUGUAUUGCCAGCGCCUCCUUAAAGGAAUACAAGAAGUUGGGAAACCAGCUAGCUGUAGAAAUGCCACUUUGCUUAUCCUCUUUUUUUACCAAUGGAUUUGAUGCCAUUAAUACAGGAGAAGGUUGCUGGGAGAGGUAGUGGUAUGACUUGAACGAGAGCGAUGGACCAGAUAUUGCAGGAUCUGCUUGGUGUUGCCCCAAGCGUUGUUCUGGCUCCUUCGUAGAGGGCCCUGUGUCAGUGCGUGGACAGGAGCAAAAAGGCUCUACGACGAGGGCUGAGAUGCAUAGCUGGAAGCAGCCGUGCCUUGCACAGCUGGAGCACAGCCAUCCCGUUGGGCAGGGGGGAGCUGCGGAGUGCAGCCUCCGCUCCUUCCCACAGGCUGGAAAAUCACCCGGGUCGGGGCAGAGUCUCCAUUUUUCUUCUUUAUUCAGCCACAGAUUCAAUGUAUGGCCUUGGUCGAGGUACUUUCUGUGAGUGUAUUCCCCCUUUCUUAAGUUGGAAAUAACCAGGCUGAGCAAACUGCUUUGAAAUAUAGGUAUGAAAAUAGUGUAUAAAUGUGCCAAGUAGCAUUACUACAUUUCAAGUGACCUUUUGGUCUGAAACUUUGCCAAAGGAAGGGGAGAGGAAGCCACUGUUGAAUUGAGUUCUGCAGAGAGAUCCUGCAAACAGAUGGUGUUUGCAUAUAGGAUGUGCUAUUCAAGUGCAACUUUACUACAACGCUCUUCAUUUUUAAUAAUUGCAGACGGGCUAAACUCCGGCUAUAUUUGGAACAGCUAAAACAGCUUGUGCCUCUUGGGCCGGACAGCACCAGACACACCACUCUAAGCCUGUUGAAAAGAGCUAAGAUGCAUAUCAAGAAAUUGGAAGAACAGGACCGAAAAGCUCUGAAUAUUAAAGAACAAUUACAGCGGGAACACCGCUACCUCAAGCGCAGAUUGGAGCAGCUAUCCGUGCAGGGCAUGGAGCGCAUCCGCACUGACAGUAUGGGAUCAACAAUAUCCACUGACUCUGAACAAGAAGUAGACAUUGAAGGAAUGGAGUUUACACCCGGUGAAAUGGACAGUAUUGGAAGUGCCAGUGAUGCUGAAGACCACUACAGUUUGCAAAGCGGCUCGAGCGAUGGAGGUUACACACAUUCCCGCAGACUGAAUGCCAGGCUCUCAUAGUGCCUGAGUUACCAGUUCAACUCAGGACCAUCUGACUGAAGCACUUAUAUAUGAAUAUUCCAGAGGCGUCAACUGCCACUCUUCCGGGAAACCCCAACCACAGUACUCUGACAUGGAGGUUUCUUACCCACGGUUCCCUGCACUGUAACCACAAUAUUAGAUAUUGUAAAUCAUGGGUUUGCUGCAGAGAACUGUGGUUAGGUACAGUUGUGACUUAAAGCUAGCUUGAUGUAGCUCUACUGCAAAUUAAAGAAAAUAAAUUGUCAUUCCAUUCAAGAAGUAUUAAAUUCAAACUGUUGGAAGCAUGGCAUAAGGAAGUUUGACGAUUAUUUUGAUUUUGCAGAAACCAUUUUCAAACAUCGACGAAUAAAUGGAAACUCCCAUGCAUUAGUGAUUCAGAGAUAGAAAAACCUAAAACUACUUCUUGUGGUAUUUUUACACGGAAAAAAAAAAAGAAUCCUGUAUCUGUCAUAUCAAUUCUUUCAGCAGUUGUUGUUUGGGUGAAGCAGGUGGAUAAACCUUCAAAUUGAAGAUGAUCUUUAGAAAAGGUCGUAUUUACAAGUCACUACUGUACUUCAAAAUGGGGGAAAAGCCAGCUCUAGUAAUGACUUCAUGUGGGAUGAUCUCAACUUUCUUCUGCUUUUUUGUAUUCAGUAUCCAACCAGCAGCAACUCAUUCCAUCCAUGUUAACAGGAGGAGUAGAAUGCAACACUGCAGUUUGGACCUGUUAUUGUGGCAUGGAUGACAUUGAAGCAUUUCAGUGUUUUUGGUGGUUUUUUUUUUCGUUUCUUUGCCUGAAAAACACAGAACUCAAGUGAUUCAGAUUGUGAUAGCUAAUCUUUCCUUGCAAGGAAAUGAAAUUUCUGUUUGCUUGUAUUUUUUUUUUUCUUUUUACACAUGUCAAUACAUUUUUAUGGAAGGCAUGGCUUAAAAUUACAGUAUUCAGCUAGAAGAUAAUUAAUCCUUUUUUCUUUUGCACACUAUAAUUGCAUUUUCUAUUCUUAAAAAAGUGCAAAAUUUUAAAUGUAUGCUGUAAAACAGCAGAGUUUAUUUAGUACUCAUCAAGCUGUUCAGAACAUAUUUACCCAAAUUAUAGCAAUACUAUGAAGAUGUAUUUUAAUACAACUUCUGCUUAGUGAAGUCAUUAGAGCUUGGCUUGCCGGGUAAGAAAAAAUGGACCAGUCUUUGCAUUACCUGUUUAAAGAAGGUCUUUAAAAAAAAAAAAAAAAGAAACAAAAAAAAAAAGAAGAAAAAAGAAAAAAAAAAGAGAAAAAAGCUAUAAACACUUUUAGGGAAGUGAUUUUAGCAAGUGUAGUCUAUAUUUCCUGUAAGAGAUUUUGUAUUAUAUUUUCCUAAAUGUUCUCAUUUACUUGUAUAGGGAGGGGAAUGGUACAGACCCAGACCAGAGUCUCAGGGACUCUUCACCUUUGUCAUAUUGUGCCUUGGUGACCAUUUAUGUAUGCCUCUCCUUUUCAUUGUUUAAAGGACAACUAAGCUUUGUUUCCAGACCCUCCGUUUGAAUGGUCAGUUGUCCACCUUCCUACCGAUGAAGUAGAGAGGUGUAUUUAUAUCUUCACCCUCUCACAACCGAUUCAGUGUGGCUUUAAGUAAAAUCCUAAAUCUAGGUUUCGGUGCGAGGGUUAAUUGUCUUUGUAUAAGCCCUCCUUUUGAUUCUUCAGCACCCAAAUCUAUAUUUUGUUAGCUUAUAAAGUCAGGGUCUCUGUGAGACCAGUGCUCAGUGGCUAGGGAAACACAAAUGUACUGUGUAAGGCUAUGGGAUGUCCAAGUGUGGUGCCAUUUUUAGCAUUCAGAUACAAGACCUCAUGACAUGCUGACCAUAAUGAUCAAAAACAAAGAUUCAGUUGUUCUUUCGACAUCUGACAUACGUGUCCUCCCUUUGGCUCUUACAACACCGAGUAGAAAUACGAAUACAUUUUGUGGCAGCUUACGGAUCCUUGUUUGCACUCUCGCUUACUGCUUGGAACUUGCCAACAAGGAAAACAUGUAUUUUUAAUUUACAUAACCUAACGGAUGGCCACCCCUACUUUGGCUCUGGGGAGGGGCAUAAGGUUAUCAACUCUGGCAGCUGAAUAAGAAAACAAUUAACCUUUUCUGUGAUGCAGGUUUUGGUAUUAUGUUGUAUACACCUUGCAUAUUACUAAAAUCCUCGUUGUUGGGGAAAGCACACAGCAAUAUACUCAUUGUGUGUAGCUGACAAGCAGCAGAAAUUACUAGCUCCUUUGGUGCAUAUGUAACUAAUUUCCAAAUCAUGGAAAAAAAAAAACAAAACUAAGAGUUUACUUUAACACACGACUGUUAACAGGAAAAAAAACA